CGGAGCUUUUAUUAGUAGCAUACGAAUCUGUUACUACUUCCCUCACCCCUUUUCAACAUCAGUAGGAGGCUGUAUUAUUUACACGUCAAGAAGGAUGUCUUCCGAUGAACAAGAUGCUUUGGAUGCCCUGGAAAGGGAAGCGUCCGACUUUGUCAAGGAUGCUGAGAUUGAUCGCAUCAGGAAGGCAUUUGCCCUAGACGCGUAUGCGGUUCUCGACCUUCAACCAGGAGUUACUGAAUCCGAUAUCAAAGUACAAUAUCGCAAAAAGUCUCUACUCAUCCAUCCUGAUAAGACAAAGAAUCCAGCUGCUCCAGACGCGUUCGAUCGUCUUAAAAAAGCCCAUUCUACACUAAUGGAGGAGAAGUCGCGCACGUACCUCGAUGAAUGCAUCGCAGAUGCGCGACGGUUGUUGAUUCGUGAACACAAGUACACAUUGGAUUCACCCGAAUUAAAGACAGAAGAGUUCAAGAAAGAAUGGCGUCAGAAGACAGUGCAUGUGUUGCUAGAAGAAGAGGCGCGCCGACGAAGACAAGCCAAGGCUAAGUUACAGGAGGAAGGCCGUGAAAGGCGUAAAGAAGAGGAAGAAAUUGAAGAGCGAAAACGCAAGCGUGAUCAGGAUAAGGCAUGGGAGGACAGUCGUGAUGAGCGUAUCAGCAGCUGGCGAGAUUGGCAAAAAGGAAAGAAGAGUGAAGGAGACAAGAAGAAAAAGAAGAAAAUGAAAGUCCUUGGCUGAUUUGCAGGAUACCAUCGUUUAUCAUAGACACCGUCAUCACAGCGACACAGGUUGAAGACAUCAUAGCAUUUGAAAAUCUUUAUUGUU